AUGACCAGGGCUCAGCUAAUGUUGCCUUUUGAAACAUCGUCGAUUUCCCGGACUUUAGGGUCAAGCAGGGUUUUCGGUCCGGUCAGAUUGUACCAGGAGGCGACUGCGGAGGUGAUGUUCAUGAAUCCGGUCCAGGAGACGCUGAAGGACUGCGUUAUGACUAUCUCUGGAAGUGGCCUGUUGAGAAGGGAAUUUGAGUCCAGGUCAGUGGUGUUUAUCGGAGUCGACCUGCACUGUAAGACCAACAACACCGAACAUCGCACCAAUGAGAUCUCAGUGGAGCGGCUGAUCGUGAGGCGAGGCCAGCCCUUCAUCUUGACCCUUAAACUGUCGCAAUCUUUCAACCAUGACCUCCACCCGCUCACCAUCACUGCAGAAACCGGAGAACACCCUUCAGAGGAACGGGGCACUAAGUCGUCCUUCGCUGUCCCAGACAAUGUGCGGCGUUCAUCAUCAGCAAAGGCGGUGUGGAAGAUGGAGAUUCACAACAGCUUCAUGGGCAGCUUGACCCUGAGCAUCACCCCCCCGGCAGACGCCCCCAUAGGGGAAUACCGACUGACUGUGAAGCACAAAGAUGAUGAGGCACUGCUGGCAACGCCCGCGGUGCUCUUCAACCCCUGGUGCCCCGAUGACUGGGUGUUUCUGCCCGAUGAGGCGGAGAGACAGGAGUAUGUGAUGAAUGAACAAGGAAUCAUCUACAAAGGAAGUGGAAACUACCUCAUUUCUAUGACCUGGGACUAUGGACAGUUUGAGGACAACAUGGUGGAGAUUUGCCUUAAGAUAUUGGACAAGAACAACAAACACCUGAAGGACCCGGCUGACGAUGUCUCUGCUCGCUGUAACCCCAUCUACGUCGGCCGCGUGGUCAGCGCCAUGAUUAACUCUCAAGAUGACAAUGGUAUCCUGAUGGGACGCUGGUCAAACGAGUUUUGGGGAGGGGUCCCACCCACUCACUGGAGUGGCAGCCACGACAUCCUCCAAAAGUGGUACAACAGGGGCUGCUACCCAGUCAAGUACGGACAGUGCUGGGUGUUUGCUGGCGUCAUGUGCUCAGUGAUGCGUCUGCUGGGCAUCCCUUGCCGUGUGAUCACCAACUACCAGUCAGCCCAUGACAGCAACAGAAAUCUGAUCAUCGACGUCAACCACGCCGACUACGGGGUCAAAGUGAGACCAAGCAAGGACAGCAUCUGGAACUAUCACGUGUGGGUGGAGGCAUGGAUGAGGCGGCCAGAUCUGACAGACGAAGGCAAAUAUGACGGCUGGCAAGUUCUGGAUCCAACUCCACAGGAGCUGAGCGAUGGUGUGUACUGUUGCGGUCCAGCUCCGGUUAAAGCCGUUCUGAACGGAGACACCGACCUCAAAUACGACGUCCCAUUUGUCUUCGCCGAGGUCAACGCCGACUGCAUUGACUGGCUGGUCCUGCGUGAUGGUUCCAAACAGAAAAUCACCUCUGACACAAAGAGAGUCGGUCAGAACAUCUCCACCAAGUCUGUCGGCUCCAACAAGAGGAUGAACAUCACUGACUCCUACAAACACAGAGAGGGAACGACGAAGGAAAGGUCUGUGUUUAAAAGUGCAGUGAUCGGUCUCAUCACCACGGAAACAGAAGGAAAUGGAGGAAAAGAGGAGACCGGGGAGGAGAAUGGAGGAACCGGGGGGGAGAAUGGAGGAACGGAGGGGACAGGGGGCGAGAAUGGAGGAACGGAGGGGACAGGGGGCGAGAAUGGAGGAACGGGCGGGACCGGGGGUGAGAAUGGAGGAACGGAGGGGACAGGGGGCGAGAAUGGAGGAACGGGGGGGACCGGCGGUGAGAAUGGAGGGCAAAAUGGAGGAACAGAGGGGAACGGAGAGGUGAACGGGAAUGGUGGAGACACAAAUGGAGAAACCCCGACUGACAACCUUCCACCGCCAAAAGUGUCCAUGCGGUUUGAUGAGGUGUCCGCGCCAGUGAACGGUCAGGAUGUGCAUCUGAAUCUGGUGCUGAACAGUAAGAGCAAAGUUUCCAGGUCGCUGGCCAUCACCACCUCUGUCCAGGGCAUGACGUACUACGGCUCACCGGUAGCGAGCAUCCAGACUGACGUGAAGUAUGAGACACUGCUGCCUGGGAAAGAUCUGAUCAUCCCCAUCGUGGUCCCAUUCUCAGCCUACAAUAAAUACAUGAAGGACUUCGACAGCAUGAAGGUUUCGGUCAUUGUGACGGACAAAGAGAAGCCGAUCUACUCAUACCUGGCUGAAGAUGAUGUCGUGCUGCUGGAUCCUCCCAUCUCCAUCAAAGUUGUCGGUCCAGUCAGAUUGUACCGAGAGACGACUGCGGAGGUGCUGUUCAUGAAUCCGGUCCAGGAGACGCUGAAGGACUGCGUUGUGACUAUCUCUGGAAGUGGCCUGUUGAGAAGGGAGAUUGAGUGCAGGAUCCCAAAUCUGCCUCCAAAUCACAGAGUACUCCUCAAGUUGCCCUUAAUUCCCUACAAGCUCGGACAGAGGACGCUCGUGGCCGACUUCGACUGCUCCUUUUUCAGAAACGCUAAAGGCAGCGCCACCGUCUACGUCCAAAUGUAAAGUCGAGGGUAGCAGAAGGAAAGUCGAGCACUGUUACUCAGAAGCAAAAAUGUCACAAAUGUCAUAUUUCAGUUGUUUUUUACAUCAGUUUCUGUUUGAAAUCAUUUUUGCUAUCGUAACCAAACCACCAUCAUACAUGUAUCAUCAAUCAUAUAUAAUUCAGUCUUUAGUGUGCAAUACAGUCGCUGCUUCAAGGAAUUAUUUGAGGGUUAACAUCUUACUCUCUGCAUUGUAACUUGAA